AUGGAACCCCCAAGGAUAAUGGAGUCCAAUCAUCGACCAGAUGCAAUGCGACCAGAGCCUGGUUCAACUUUGAUUGUAAUUCAUGAUUUUUCUGCCCGCAGUUCUGAUGAGCUCAGCUUAUCAAAAGGAGAUCGUGUCGAACUCAUAGAGAGAGAUGAUGAAUUUGGAGACGGAUGGUACCUUGGAAGGAGUUUGGUAAACGGAUCGAGUGGUUUAUUCCCAGAAGUCUAUACCCGAUUAGCUCCUCGUGGAAACCCUUCCCAUCCAAAUCUUUCAACAAUUUCGAUGUCGCAACCCGGUGUUCUGCAAAAUCCGCUGCCUCAACCAUCCCUUCAAAAGCCUUUCCAACCGAUUGCGCAGAGCCCUUCUGGUGAGACGACAGCUCUGCCCGAGACCUCAGGAGACAUUCCAGAUAUCCUAUCUGCAGUGAGUGCGAGUUCGGCUGCGAAAUCUCACGUCCACGGUCAGGAUAGUCCAGUCAUGAACGAAACUUUGAGUGUGAUUGAUGAGCACAUAAUAGAUAUGAACCAUAUCGUUGGUUCUGUACCGAAAUCGAUCAAUGACUCAGGAAGUGAAUAUAGUAGCCAUCACAAUGACGCACGAAUGUCAUAUAUCAAUGGUGAGGAAACGGAUGAAGAAGAGGAAGACGUACACACUCUUGACGAGGUUAAUAUAUGGACACCCGAGCAAGUCGCAGAGUACUUGUUUACCGUAGGAGUUGACAAGAAGCACUGUGAAGUGUUUCGGGAUCAAGAAAUCACUGGGGAUGUCCUUUUGGGCAUGGACCAAACAUCGGUUUUCUUGAAGGAAUUUGAAUUAGGUUCUGUUGGACGAAGACUCAAAACAUGGCAAAAAAUAAAAGCCCUCCAGGACGAAGUAAAUGGUGAAACGCCAACAAGAAGGAACACUGGUACAUAUGCUGGUAGUGAAAUUGGUUCUGAGGAUGGCGGCCGCCGCAUUCGUAGUGGUGCUUCAUCAACAAUGCUACCAAGAAACCUCAGUUUGAGUAACCGGCCUGGGUCAUCAUCAAAUAAUAUUCGGCAAUCUCAUCAGCGUCCCUCAAGAAACGACUCUGUCACAACCUCAUCUCCAAUAUCUCCCAAAACCCCGCAAGGCAGUCCAAGAGUUCCAGGGGAGAAGAGACCUUCUGCUGCAUCAAUCAGGGAUUUACAUCACUCUAGACAAAGUUCUGUUGGUGAAUUUAGUACCACUAAUUCACUCAUGAGUACAAUUGCAGCAGAUAAACCCCAAGGUGUAUCUUCACACCGGAAACAAGCCUCAUUUAACAAAGAUUGGUCACUUGGUGAUGCGACAUCCGCCAUAUCCCAACGACCUUUAUCUUCGAAUCGCCCGUUAUCGUCGGCUGGUCUCACGGAGAUUACCACCAAGGGAUCUGCUGAUCAGCCAUCUGAAAUUAUAGCCCCCCCAACUAAUUUAGAUAUUGAUCGAGGUUAUUUUUCGGGUGGUGAAUUGGAGGGUCGGCAGAGGAACGUGCUACGCAAGAGAGGUAGCACAGCUGGACACUCUAGAAACUCUAGUUACACUGAUGAGCAAAGAUUAAGGACUGCAACAACAAAUUCAAGACAUUCAAGAUUUGGUAGCGUCGAUUCAGUGAGAGAGACGACACCACCUACCGCAGCACAAAAAUAUUACGGCUUAUCUGUAAAUGGUCGUCGAAGAACCCCCUCUGAAAGUUCCGUCAAUUCACCUCCUCGACCAGUACCACCCCCGAAGGACGAUUUUCCACUCGUUACCAGGCUUCAACCAGAAAGAUCUAUGGAUAGUAUAAUGUCGCCCAAAUCACCAAGUCUCCAACAAAAUUACCCUAACGAUCGAUUGUUACCUGUUAAACCCACAGGAUCCUCUAGCCAUUUCAGCAUGCGCGCAAUAUCUGAUGCUGUCACCGGCCGUGAGAAAUCCCGUAUUACUUCACCAACAGACACGGUAUCAUCUUCAACAAAAGAAUCCCCACUUCAAUCGCCUUCAAGAACUGGUUCGAGCACACCUUCAGCUGGCCCAAGCUUUGAACUCGAUCCUGCCGAUGAUAAGACGGCUAUGAUUAAUCCAAAGGCAACGAGAAAGAAGUCCAAGAAGGAAACUAGUGCCUAUACGCGGGGACUCGAAAAGAAAACGCCUCAGGAACAGAUGGUCGGUGCAGAUUAUAGUGGAUGGAUGAAGAAGAAAAGUUCAAAUCUUAUGACAACAUGGAAGCCUAGACUUUUUGUGUUGAAGGGCCGCCGCCUGUCAUAUUACUACUCCGAGACCGAUGAUCAAGAGAAAGGAUUGAUCGAUAUUUCAUUCCAUCGAGUCUUGCCAGCCGACACUGAUCGCCUUACUGGUCUGCAUGCCACUCUCACCGGUGCAACGAAUAGCCCUACAAGUCCUAUCAAUGCACAAGGAACUAUUGCAUCAGCGGAGGCAGAUGCCGAACCAGAAUCCACAUUAAGCAAAAGUGGCGGUGAUUCUAUGUUCAUUUUCAAACUUGUACCGCCACGAGCUGGUCUUUCCAGAGCUGUCAACUUCACCAAACCUACCGUGCACUACUUUGCAGUGCCAAAUAUCAAACAGGGUAGAUUAUGGAUGGCUGCACUAAUGAAAGCUACCAUUGACCGAGACGAUUCCAAACCUAUAACUACAACUUAUCAACAAAAGACCAUUUCUCUUGCAAAAGCCCGACAAAUGCGACACCGUCCUCCAGCACUUAUGAACCUUGAUGAAAAAGUCGAAGAGGAGACUUUGAAGACUCCGGCAAGCGAUAAGCAUGGUCUAAAUAUACAUGGUAUCAUCUUCGAUCGCGACGAGGGUGAUAGUGGUGUUUCUGGGGUUUCGAAACGAGAGAGUGCGAAUACAGGGACUAGUCGUGUACCGGAUAGUGCGGGCAUAAGUAACACCUAUUCGCCAGAUACCGAUGUUGCAGAACCACAAACUGCUUAA